AUGGCCGCCCUGACAGCCGCCAAGACGGAGCUCGUGCUCAUCGACUACGACGACUUGGUCCACGCGAAAAACGACGCGGACACGGCGCAGAAAAUCAAAUUCGCCUUUGGGAAGGACGGCUUGGGCGUGCUCGCGGUGACGAACGUGCCGCAGGAGCUGCGCGACCAGCGCCUGCGCCUGCUGGGCAUCGCGCGCCGCCUCGGCACGCUGCCGGAGGAGACGCUGGCCAAGUACGAGAACCCGGACCUCCACUACUGCGCGGGCUGGUCGCGCGGCCGCGAGAAGUUCAAGGGCAAGGUCGACACGGCCAAGGGCUCGUGGUACGCGAACGGCCUCCACGAGGACGCGGCGAACGGCGACGCGGACCUCAAGGCGCGCUACCCGGAGUCGACGACGGAGCCCGCGUGGCCCGACGCCGAGGUCGGCGACGACAUGCGCGGCGCGUUCCGGUCGUUCUCCCGGAGCUUGUACGACCUGUCGCGCCACGUGCUGCGCCACUGCGACGCCGCCGUCGCGAGCGCCGUCGCCGCCAAGGGCUUCGCGAGCGACGCGAAGCGCCUCACGGCCGUCACGCACGAGCGGAGCCGGCUCCACGUCGGCCGCCUGCUCCACUACUACCCGCGCGACGACGCGCCGUCGGGCGACGACGCGGCCUGGUGCGGCUGGCACAACGACAACAGCGUCAUCACGGCCCUGGCGCCGGCGAUCUACUUCGACGACGCGACGGGCGAGCGCGUCGGCGCGCCCGCGGGCGCGGGCCUCCUCGCGUUCUCGCGGAGUGGCGCCAAGGUCCGCGUCGGCGCGCCGCCCGAGGGGUCCAUCCUCUUCCAGAUCGGCGAGGCGGCCCAGAUCCUCAGCGGGGGCACGCUCGUCGCGACGCCCCACGCCGUCGCCGCGGGCGACAUGGCGCGCGUGAGCCGCGAGUCGUUCGCGCUCUUCGUGGAGCCGGACUGGGACGAGGCCAUGCAGGUGCCGACGGGCUGCUCCCUCGACGCGGUCCUCGCGCCCGACGACGCCCGCGCGGACAUCAUCCCGCCCAUGCGCAGCCGCCUCACGGAGGUGCCCGUCGCCUUCGCGAAGUUCCUCACGGACUCCAUCGCCCAGUACUACUAG